AUGGACGAAGACAGUAACAUGUCAGUGACUUUUCGGGUUUCGGACAAUAAUGAGUCAUUAGAAAUAUCUUCGCCAGUGCCACCAAGUCCACCAACCGACACCGCCGAGUCUUCAUCGUCUUCGCCUGAGCGACUUCUCCUACUUGAUGGAACAUUUUUUAAAUUCUUGCCCGAAGAGUCUACAGGUAAUAAAAUCGCAGCGCUUUGUAUGAAAUGUCCAAGAGAUGUAUUAACUAAAGUUAAAGGUUAUCAUAAUUGCACGUCGAACUUUUUGGGUCACCUGAAGCGAAAACAUGGGCAAGAAUGCAUCGAAGAGUACAAAACAUAUUCAAAAAAACAGAGAAGUGAGGUACGGGAAAAAAAUGAUACUAUUGUUAAAAUAAAAACUGGAAAAACUAAUAAGUCAAAUGAGAAUACAAUUACACAAGAACAAUUCGAUGAAAAUAUUUUGAAAUAUUUUAUACAUUCUAUGAUUCCAUUACGUGCAGUGGAAGAUCCAUAUUUUUCUAAAAUGUUUAUGGACUUGAAAAUAUCAGAAAUGGGGCUAACUGUAAUGAGUCGACGUACACUAGGACGUCGUAUAGGAAAACACUACGAAACGCAAGUAGCUAAGAUAAAGUUGGAACUACAGGAAGUUCCCUAUGUGUGCACAACAAUAGAUAUUUGGUCUAGUAAAAAAAGAAGUUUCAUCGGAGUUACAGCACAUUGGAUCACAAAUGAUCUACGCAGAGUUUCUGUGGCGUUAGCUUGUCAACGAUUCAAAGGUGUCCACAGCUACGAUCGACUAUCAGAUAUAAUUAAAGAAAUUAACGGUGAUUUCGGCCUCAAUACGAAUAAAAUUGUUGCAUCGGUGACUGAUAAUGGCAGUAAUUUUGUAAAGGCUUUCAAAAUAUUCGGUGUCAAAUUGACCAAUAUAAAUAUUACAGAUGAAGUUGUGCUAGACUCUCAGCCGACAGAAGCCUUUUCUGAAUCAGAUGUUGAAGAUGAAGAAUCAUCAAAUUUAGAAGAUUCUGAGCAUAAUUAUUUCCUUCCUACUCAUUUACGAUGCUCUGCACAUACAUUAAGCCUUUGUGCAACUACGGACGCGAACAAACUUUUAAGCGAGGAAGACACACCACUGUCGCAAAUGCAUGCUGCAGUUAUGAAGAAAUGUAACGUUUUGUGGAAGGCUGCAGGACGACCCAAGAGUGCUGAAAUAAUGCAGGAUGUGUUGGGACAUACGUUAAGCCGACCUGGUGAGACCAGAUGGAAUAGUUUGUUUGAUGCCCUCCAGCAAAUUUUCAACAUAAAAGAAAAAAGCUUACUUUUACAUAGAUCAUUAAACAUAAAAAAUUCUAUCAAAGACAACGAAUUCGAUUACAUAAAAGAGUAUUUGACGUGUACUUCGCCAGUGGCAGAAGCCCUCGACAUAAUGCAGAGUGAGAGUAACGCUUAUUAUGGGAUAGCUCUACCUUGCCUUCUGGCGCUGAGAAAAAAAUUGCUAAAAAUUGAAAAGAAAAACAACUUUUCCUUUUGCAGCCCGUUGAUCAAAACAUACAGAGAAAGUGUAGGUAAGAGAUUUGAAAAAAUGUUUGACGUCGCCACUCUUGAAGCGGAAAAUGCGGCUAUGGCAGCGUUAUCUUACCCAAGAUUCAAAAAUAAAUGGUUGACUUGUCUCGAGCCCGCGAAUCGUACUAAGGUUCUAAAAGUUUUUAAGACCUGCAUUUCCAAAGAAAUGAGUGACAAUGUAGUAGCAACUGUGGCAACAACAAAAAGUAAUCAAGACAACUUAUUUUUCAAUUUUGAUUCUGACUCUGACUCCGAUAUUUCGUUCUCAGAAAAAAACCCCUCCUCUGAUGCACCAAUGACUAAAGCAGAACUUUUGAUGAUGCAUUUUUUUGCAGAGGAAAGCCAAGAUUUGCAACUGCUCAAUAGAUAUCCUGAGAUAAAAAGUGUUUUUAUUAAAUACAACACACCUUUACCAUCGUCAGCUGCAGUUGAACGCCUUUUUUCUUUCGCUACAAUGACAAAUCUGCCAAAGAGUCACAGAUUGUCAGACAGCAUGUUCGAGAAGAGAGUAGUAUUAAAAUGUAACUUAAAUUAUUACAAGAAAUUAUAA